AUGGUGCAUAUUACGUUAGGACAGGCCAUUUGGGCGUCCGUUAAACCCAUUAUCAAAAUCUAUUUGAUUAUUGGGGUGGGAUUUCUGCUUUCCAAGAUGGGGAUCUUGACUGCAGAAGCAACAAGAACCAUAUCUGACGUGGUGCUGACUGUUCUUUUGCCAUGUUUGGCCUUUAAUAAAAUUGUGGCCAAUAUUGAAGAUAAGGAUAUUAAAUCUGUGGGGAUCAUCUGCCUCACCUCGUUACUGAUCUUCGGUACAGGACUGUUUUUCGCUUACUUGGUUAGAAGGUUUCUUUGGGUGCCCAAGAAAUGGUAUGGUGGAAUCCUGGCAGGUGGUAUGUUCCCCAACAUUAGUGACUUGCCCAUUGCAUACUUACAAACAAUGGAUCAAGGGUUCAUUUUCACAGAAGAGGAAGGUGAAAAAGGUGUCGCAUCUGUUAUCAUUUUUCUAGCAAUGUUUUUAAUUUGUUUGUUUAAUAUGGGUGGCUUUAGAUUCAUCGAAUCCGAUUUCCAUUAUAAUGAUGAAGAAAAUGCGUUGACUGAAGCAGAAUCGAGUGUGCUACAAACUCUUAAUGAGAAUAAGAAUAAGAAUACGACUCCUAGUGCCACACAGGAAAAUCCUCGUGAAACAAGCCGUGAAUCUUAUAAGGAGAGUUCUGAGGGAAAUACUAGUGUUUCUAAUAAUUACUCAAAAAGCCAGGAAGAUAACACUGAAGAGGAGCAAAUUAUGACGGUGGAGCAGGAUUUAAGUUUGCAUGACAACCAAGACAAUAACGAUUCAGGAUCACGUGCCAGUACAAUGCAAUCCGUAGAAAAUCCUUCAUCGUUAACACUUGAGUCAUCUAUCUCAUCUAUACCUUCCAAUCCAUCAGUGGAAGGAUCGUUUUCCAGAGCAGAGAGAAAUACGUCUACCAACCUUAAUCACAGAGCUGCGAGCCACCCAGUCGCAUUUACCUCCAAAGAUAACUUACAUAAGAGCAAUACAAAUCAUAGCGUAACGAGCACAAAUAGCUUACUACCCAUUCGUUCAAUUGAUCAAAGAAGUUUACCUCCUCAGAACCUUAAUGACAUUAUUAGAGAAUAUUCCAAUGUAGACCAAUUCGGUAACACAAGACCCAACACUGCAUUAAUGAACAACGAUUCAGAAAACGAUAUGGCGUCAGUAACGUCACAGAGUACAUUACAACGAAUUAAAUCAUCUAAUUUGACAAGAAUGCUAACCUCAGACGCCACUGUGAGUAAGAAGGACAUUGAAGAGUCAGGGACGUUUCUCCCCGAUUGGCUAAGAAAAUUUCCAUUAACCUCAUUGCUAGUGUUCUUUGCAAAGAAUUGUUUAAGACCAUGUUCAAUGGCAGUCAUAUUAGCAUUAAUUAUAGCCUUCAUACCAUGGGUGAAGGCUCUUUUCGUUACCACACCCACCACACCAAAUAUAAAACAGGCCCCCGACCAACAACCCGCUUUGAGUUUUUUAAUGGAUUUCACAAGUUAUGUGGGGGCAGCUUCAGUUCCAUUUGGUUUAAUUUUAUUAGGUGCCACAUUAGGGAAAUUAAAGAUUGGUAAAUUAUAUCCUGGGUUUUGGAAAUCUGCAUGCAUUCUAGUGUUUCUAAGACAGUGCAUUAUGCCAAUCUUCGGUGUCCUUUGGUGUGACCGUCUCGUUAAAGCUGGUUGGGUAAAUUGGGAAGAUGAUAAAAUGUUGCUUUUCGUUAUAGCCGUGAGUUGGAAUUUACCUACCAUGACAACAUUAAUCUAUUUCACUGCGAGCUAUACUCCGACUGACUGCUUGGAACCUAUCCAAAUGCAAUGUACAGCCUUCUUUUUAAUGAUUCAGUAUCCAGUGAUGGUCGUCAGUUUGCCAUUCUUAGUGUCUUAUUUCUUAAAAGUCCAGAUGAAGUUAUGA